AUGUCAAGUUCACAAGCAAAAGUAUAUGUAUCAAAAUUUAGCAACAAUACAUCCUAAAAAGACUUAGAAAGUUUAUUUUCAAAAUAUGGAGACUUAUAUGACUGCUAAGUAAAUGACCGAGAAGGUUAUGCGACUGUGACUUAUAAAAAUCCCGAAUAAGCCGAAAAAGCAUCACAAAAAUUGAAUGGAGCAGAAGUAUUAGGAGGUAUAUUAUAAGUUGAUUACAAAAGAUCAAAAAAUGAUUCUUAAAAAUAUGAUAGAGAUGAUAAAUAUAGAGAUUCGCAUAGAUCUAAUAGGUAUGGGGAUAGAGAUUAUGAUAGGGACAGAUAUAGAGAUGAUAGAGAUAAUUAUUAGAGAAGAGGUGGAUUAUCUUCUAGAUUUGAUAAAGAAAAAUAUAUGAAAAAUGGACUUUGUUUCACUUGUGGGGAAAAAGGACAUAUUUCUAGAGAUUGUCCUGAUGCUAAAUAUUCAAAUUAUAGGGGAAGAUCAUCAUAUGAUAGAAAUAGAAGAGGUGGAUAUUAUAGAGGAAGAAGUAGAAGUUAUGAAAAAAAUCGUGGAAGACAUUCAAGAAGUAGAAGAAGAGACAGUAGAAGUGAAAGUAGUAGGGAUGAAAGAAAAAAAAAUAAAAGAAAUAAAAGAAGUUAAAGUUCAUCAGAUUCUAGAAGUUCAUCAAGAAAAAGAGAUAAUUCAGAAAAAAGAAGAAAAAGCUCAAGUUCAUCUUCUAAAUCAUCAAACAGUUCUAGAACUGGUUCAAAUUCAAAAUCCGGAUCUCAUUCAGUAUCAAAGAGUAUAUCUAAGAGUGGAUCUAAAAGUAAAGAUUAAAAUGUAGAUAAGAAAUAAAAUGAUUAAAAAUUAGCUUCACCUUUACAUUGA